AUGGCAAACAUCAAAUUAUCACGCCUUUUUAAAGCGAAACUAAACCCUUAUUUUAGGUUGUCAUCAUGCAAACUUUCUGAUUUUACACCGGAGAAUAGAUGGGACGCAGUUCCCAAGUCAGAGGUUGAGCGAUUCAUUAUUGAUUGCAUGAUAAAAGUAGGCACAAAAAGGGACCAUGCAGUUAGCCUGGCCAACAAUCUGAUGACAGCUGAUUACAGGGGACACUAUAGUCAUGGCCUAAAUCGACUAGACAUGUAUGUACAUGACAUACAGUCAGGGAUAACAGUGAGUGAUGCCGAACCAAAGAUAGUUAAAGAAACUGCAGCCACAGCUUUUGUCAACGGCAACAAUGUGUUGGGACCUGUGGUUGGAAACUUGUGUAUGCAAACUGCCAUCAAGAAGGCUAAAGAGAGUGGAGUUGGAUGGGUUGCAGCAAAUGGCUCAAAUCAUUAUGGUAUUGCUGGUUGGUAUGCAAUGCAAGCAAGUAGCGAAGGCUUAUUGGGUAUGUCUUUUACAAAUACCUCCCCACUUCAAGUGCCAACCAGGGCUAAAAAGCCUGUGUUGGGAACAAACCCCCUCAGUUUAGCAGCGCCGGCCAAAAAUGGUGACAGCUUUGUUCUGGACAUGGCAACUUCAACCGUUGCUCUUGGAAAGAUUGAGCUCCAUGACAGGAAGAAUAUCCGAAUGCCGAGUGGCUGGGGCGUAGACGAACAUGGCAAGGUAUCCACUGAGCCAAAGUCUGUCCUAAAUGGAGGGGGUCUGAUGCCCCUGGGUGGGGCAGAAGAGACAGGGGGAUACAAGGGUUAUGGGCUUGCGAUGAUGGUGGAGAUAUUCUGCGGUAUCCUUAGCAACGCCAGCUAUGGGCCUAACGUCAGGCGGUGGAAAAAUACAGAUAGGAUAGCAAAUUUGGGUCAGUGUUUCAUAGCUGUAGAUCCUGAGGCAUUCGCACCUGGCUUCUCAGAGAGACUGGAUGACCUAAUUAACACCUGCCGACAACUGGAAGCCGUGGAGGGAGAGGAGGAGGUUUUAGUGGCAGGUGACCCGGAGAAGCAGCACAUGAGUAUGUGUGACAUGAGAGGGGGAAUCCCCUACCAUGAGAAACAGAUCGAGUUCGGGAUGGACUUGGCAGAACAACUUGGAGUUACUCCAAUGAAAACUGUUUGAGAUCUCCUUUUCCAGCAUUUAAACAGGGUUGCCUUAAUAAAUAUUUCAGGAGAAAACAUUUUGCGUCCCUUACAUGUAUAUUUUCUUAAUGGAGACAAUUUUGUGUUCAUUUAUGUGCCAUAGUUACAUCCAAAAAUGUAAAAAAUAUUAAUAUUACUUACUUUUUGUUUUUUAUAAAAAUGUAAGUCACUGAGAAAAACCCUUAAUUAUGCAGAUAUGUGUAUUGGUUUUAUUAAAUUGUUUUUUGAUUAACUGUCUCAAAAUGAGUCUGAACCAAUUAACUCAAGAUAUUUUUUAUGGUACAAAUGAAUCUUAAUAUAUGGGUUUUUUUAUGCUAAUUUCAAAAUAUUUAUCCAGCAAUUACAUGCAAUAGAAGUAUCAUACUGUGGUGCGCUAUGAUAUUAUAUUUUUAACAGUUUUUUCUUAUUUGUUUUUCAUUACUGCUUCUUCAUGCUUUUCACAAAUUUUAUGCUGUGUUUUAGACAGUUUCCUUUGUUUUCGUCUAUACAUUAACUUCCAUAUCGGAUUGGAAUCUUAAGUAGAGCUUAAUCAUUCAAUAACUUUCAUGCAUAUAAAUGACAUGGCUCUUUACUUAUUCUGCAUGCUAGUUAUUGAACAUUGACCUCGGCAGCAUGCUACAAAACAGAUACGUCACCCUAUACCAAUGUUAUGCUCUAGUAUAAUUUCACUUACUGGAGUUGUGGGUUGUUGGUGUCAUAACUAUUGUAUAUAUAUAUAUACAGUAGAUAUAUUAUGAAAGAAUUUAGUCUUGGACAUGUAAACAAGUUAAUAAUAUCUUAAAAGUUUAAAUUAUCUUUUACUGUUGUUUUAAUGAAGACAAUCUUGUUUAUUUAUGAUUUUUGUUGUUGAAUAUGAAACAUCUCGAAUUUAUGUCUACGUGAUUUGCACUGUGAUACCAAUAUCAAUGAAGGUGUAUUUUAUUUUACUUGUUUGAUGAAAUAAACAAACCUUCCUUAUG